AGCAUCAUGUCAACAGCUUGUUUUUUGGCAUUCAUCCUGUGGGGUGUCCUGCAGGUGGCUCACUGUCAGAAUGAUACGCUAACUCCUGCUGCAAACGGGCUUAAGGAAGGUGCCCCGAACGCAACUAUUACUCCCACCGACUACUGCAAGACGGACCUGUGUCCUCUCAUGAAGAAGCACAUAGCCUGCAAAAACAAAGGAGUUCUAAGCGCCAUGUGUGCGCCUGGGGCGAAAUUGGCCAAUCUGACAGAUCUUCACGAUCUUAUUUUGGAUGAGCACAAUGCUUUUCGCAAUCUACUGGCCGGGGGCAAGAUUGAGAACUUGCCACAGCCCGACCGCAUGGCCACCUUGCAGUGGCACUCUGAACUCGAGGAACUCGCUGCCUUGAAUGUGAAGCAGUGUCUUCUGAAGCCCGAUCCAUGCCACAACACUCUGGAAUUCCGUAACUCUGGCCAAAACUUGGCUCUGAUCAGGCUGAAGAAGCUGCCGGGCAUGGAGAACCACACAGACGAGUGUCUCGUCAAGGAAGCCAUGCGUAUCUGGUGGGACCAGAUUCUCAAUGCCACAACGAAGAAUGUUCAGCACUUUCCACAAGGAAAACUAGGAGAUCCAAUCCGGUACUUUGCCAACAUGGCCCGGGACAACAAUACUUUUGUGGGCUGUGCCGCCGUGAGGUAUGAGAAGCCCAUCGGAGAUCCCUACUACCUCAUGGCCUGCAAUUAUGCUGGAAAUGCCAUACCCGGAUAUCCCAUUUAUCGGGAGAAGGCUAUGGGCUGCCAGAAUGGCACGGAUCUCAAGUACCCAUCCCUCUGCAAGGUGGGUGAGGUUUACGAGGAGCCUCCUGUCGAGGCCACCACCGUAAAAACAAACUUCUGGCGGGUGUAGGAAGACUAAAAAUACAAACCGUCGAAGGGUUAGAGGGAGGAUGUGCUCUCACAGUCUAUUUAACAUGUUGAUUUGUGUCACAGUGCGUGGCGGUCAUAUAUCAUCUCACAGCAGCCACAUUAGCACAGACACCUGCAAACAGUGAUGUCUAUUUUGGAGAUGGAAAAAGGCCAGAUUUAAAUAAAUAUCCCACUUGCUUGGCUAAAAGGAAA